GUUGCGUUGCCUAGCGACGGGCAGGACGCUCGCAGGCCCCCAGGCUAACCCCCGCUGUAGCCUUAAAUCUCCUACCAUGGGAGAAGAAGGCGGCGGCCGUAGCUUUGGGACCGCUAGGGAGCUGCAGAAGCUGAAGCAGCAGGCGAUGGAGUACUACCGGGAGAACGACGUCCCGCGCAGGCUGGAAGAGCUGCUCAACUCCACCUUCUACCUCCAGCCUGCCGACGUCUACGGGCACCUGGCAAACUGCUUUGCUAAACUUGCAAAGCCUCCCACCAUAUGCAAAGUAGUGGGGAAAAAUGUAUUGGAUGGACUGGGGCUUCCAACCCUACAAGUGGAAAUAUUCUGCACCAUUCAAAAUUUUCCCAAGAACGUAUGUUCGGUGGUGAUCUCCACACACUUUGAAGUCCAUGAGAACAUUUCACCCGAGCUGGCCGAGGCGGAGCAAGUGGAAAGGUUGGCGGCCGUCAGCACCGCUGUGCAGUGGGUCAACGGAACCAUCACGGAGGAGCUUUGGGGCAUGGUGCCCUCCCACCAGGCUGAGGUGGACCAGGUGCUCAGGACAUUCUUUGAAAAUAAAGUACAGGAAGAUAAAGAGAGGAGAGAAUUGGAAAAGAGCCUGGAAGACCCAACAGCGCCCAUCCCUUUACCUCUGCCACCACCACCUCCUCCUCCCCAACCUCCAGCAAAAAAAAAAGGACAAAAGCAAGGAAGGAAUGAUACUGUCACAGAGAAACCUAUUCUGCCUCCAGAACCUGCUGAACCCGUACUCAGUGGCAGCAUGGCCAUAGGGGCCGUGUCACUAGCUGUGGCCAAAACCAGUGCCAUCCUGGGCAAUAAUCCCCUCUACUUAAAUAUCGCAUUACUGAAGCAGCAGGAGCAGCCUGCAAAGCUCACUGUACCUUUGCUAAUGGUGUCUCUGGUCAGCUGUGGGAAGGCAUCGCCGGGCAAGCUGAAUUUAAUGAAAGAAUUGAUGUGUAUACCGCAUCCCGGGUUAACAGCUAAACAAGGUGUGGAGAUGCUUCUGGAAAUUCAGAAACAUAUUAACAAAACAAUCGAAAUGACCCCUCCUCCAAAAACAGAGACCAGAAAAGGGCAUAAUGGAAGCAAAAGAGGUCAACAGCCCAUCACUGGCAAGAUGUCCCAUCUUGGCUGUUUAACCAUUAAUUAUGACACCAUAGAGCAGCCACUGCUCCUGAUACAAGGCAUCUGUGCAAACCUGGGGCUGGACAUGGGGACAAACCUGCAUCUAGCCAUCAACUGUGCUGCACAUGAGCUGAUGGAUUACAAUAAAGGAAAGUAUGAAGUAAUGACGGGAAUACACAAAAACACAGCUGAGAUGCUUGACCUGUAUGUGGAUCUGAUCAACAAGUUCCCUUCAAUUAUCGCCUUAAUUGAUCCUUUCAGGAAGGAGGAUUCUGAACAGUGGGAGAGCAUCUAUAAUACUCUUGGUUCCAGGUGUUACAUCAUCGCAGGAGCUGCAUCCAAAAGCAUUUCUCAGCUUCUAGAGGGUGGCAACAACAGCACCCCCAAAUCCAGUGGGGUGAUCAUAAAACACACCAAUCAAACGACGGUGUCUGACUUGGUGGAAGUAACCAAUCUUCUUGACAGUAAGCAGCACAUCACCGUCUUCGGAAGUACAGAAGGAGAGUCGUCUGAUGACAGCCUGGUCGAUUUGGCCAUUGGACUCGGUGUCCGGUUUAUCAAGUUGGGAGGUCUUUCUCGAGGCGAACGGGUGACUAAGUACAACCGCCUUUUUACUAUAGAGGAAGAGCUUGUCCAGAAUGGAACACUGGGUUGCAAUGAAGGACACACAUUUUUUUCCUUGAAUGACGAAGUGGAAACGGGGACCAAGGCAUCCAAGGCCGUGGCCCCCGUGACUGGUGAGCUGCCAGAGCUGCCGGAGCCUGUCUUCCCCACUGAACUGAUGGAGGCAUCGGCCAACGCAUGAGUGUCUUCUGGAUGGGACCGUGGACGCCCGGCUUAGGGCUACACAGCCAGCAGGAGACCCGCAGAGCCCAAGGGUGUCUUCACAUUGGUUUUGCUAUAAAACGCCCCUAACCAGUGCACUCUUUUUAUUCUUAUGAUUUCACUGUUGAAUAAAUUGAUAUGUAGUAUUUCUGCCUGAAA